GUGUGUGAUCCCACUGGGGAGGGAUGCUAUCAUCUCCCACCCAUGAGCAAUGGUUGGAGCAUCUCAGGGUCUCAGCCCUGUGAUUUUAAGGUUUUCUUCCUGCAGUUUAUUGGACCAGAAACCUUUGUUACUGCCCUUGUAACCCGUAUUUGUGGUGGCACUGGUGCAGGGUAGGCAGGAGAAGACCCAAGCAGGGGGAAGAGGGAGGAAAGGGACAGAUUAUUCAUGUUCGAGGGCCUCAAGAUGAUACCAGCUAAGAAAGCACGUUUGCUGUAGCAGUUCAAAGUACCAUUCCUUCUGUCAGCAGACAGAAAUUGCAGGGGGAAAUAUAUAAUAAUAUAUUAAUUUUUUUUAAUCCUCUUUUUUAAGUACCUAUCAAGGUGGGAAGCACCACAGACAAGAAACUGCCCUUCCUCCAUGUUGGAAAUCACCACCAGUGACUUUGAAGCACAAGUUUAUAAAGCUGUUUUUGCUAUAAUUAAAAGUAGUGAUCAGGAAGGUGUUCCUGUGCUGCUUUUAACCCAUGAAAGAGGCUGGACGGAAGAUGAGAAAGCUGCCCAGCUCUUUAUUUAAAGCAAUUGGAUGACCACUGUGCUUAUUUUUUGCCCUGGUGAUGGCCAAGGCAGGUCAUGAACCCCUGGGAAGUAUCUGUGCUGGCAUGAGCCCUGUGUUGCAUGGUGGGAGAUGCCCCAUCUUGCCCAGUAGCCAAAAAAUAAUUUAUCCUAUACUAUAGCUGAAAACGAGAAAGUAUUUUCAACCCAAGCUUUAUCUUAUAUUGAAAAAUCCCAGUUCAGGACACUAAUCUGCAGCAGGAUGUAAAUGAGCCUGUCCCUGGCAGGGAGACACCAGGCAGCACAUUCCUCUGCAUGUUUCCUUAAAUAGGGCUGGUAUUUUCUCUCUGUCUUCCAUGUGAUCCAACUUCAAGUUCAAACAGCCCCGGGGUGGCUGGAGAAGGAGCCCUGUGGACUGAAUUACCCAACUCUUAAAAAAAGCCUGCAGGGACCCUGUGCUGCUGCCUAAUGGGCAGCAAGGGGAAGAGGAAGCAGGGAGACUGGAGAACGUGUUGCCAUGGCUUCUGGUUCAUCUAGAGCAAGGGAAGGGGGAAAAGAAAGCACUCACCACACUGUCCUACAGCAUUGGCUGGAUGGUGGCCAUCUGGGCUGUGACCCCACCAGCUGCAGAGGAAGCACAGCCCAAUCCCAGCUGCAGCAAGGAAGGCUUGGAGAUGCCCAGGCAGCCAGCCACCGAAGCCGGCUCAGGAAAGGAAAUUUCCAGCCGAAACAGCAUUUGGAGCAUUUAGCGGAGAAGCUGAAGCUCUUGGGUUUGGAAGGAGGCAGGGAGGAGAAGGAGCAACUCUGUGUGUGGAGCAAGAGGACAGUCACCUUCAAGGGUGAUGCAAAAGCAUCUGGCUCCAGCUGUGAUGGACCAAGGGCUCAUGGAGGUCCCACUACAGCCUGUGUAGAGGAAUCUACCCAGGAGGACAGGGACCAAAUACGCAGUGACCUGGAGAAGCUCAAGAAACAAAGGAAAGAGAUUUUGGAAUGGAAAACAAGUGGAGAGAGGCGAUGCCAGGACUAUUUGACACAGACAGAGGUCGAGAGGCAGAAGAUUGUGUCUGAAUUUCGGCAGCUGCGCCGGUUUCUGAAGGACCAAGAGCUUGUCUUCCUGGCUCGGUUGGGAGAGCUGGACAGAGAGAUGAUGAGAAGGCAGGAGGAAGAGGAGACCAAGAUGUCUGGUGAGAUUGCUCUCCUUGAUGUCCUGAUCUGCGAGAUGGAGAAGAAGCUUGAGCAACCUGUGAGCAGAUUCCUGCAGAAUGCCCGAAGCACUGUGGACAGGUGGGAGAUGGGCAGUGCCCGGAGGAUGACUGAGACCUUCUUGGACCUGGAAAGGACGCUCCAUGUUAUUUCUCGACAAAACUCUGUCCUCAGAGAGACGCUGGGGAGAUUUCAAGACAUUUUGCCAUCUGAACUGGAGAAAGAGCAAGGACCAUCUCCAGGAGGAGAUGGAAAAGUGUUUGUGACUCUGGACCCUGACACUGCAAACGCCCAGCUUGUCCUCUCCCGGGACCGGCGGGGGGUGAGAUGGACAGAUGCAGGGCAGGAUCUGCCCACCACCCCGCAGCGAUUUGACAUCUCCUCCUGUGUACUGGGCUGUCAAGGCUUCACCAUGGGGAGACACUGCUGGGAGGUGGAGGUGGCCGGAGGCAGGACCUGGGCACUGGGGGUGGCCCAACGUUCUGUGUCCAGGAAGGGUUGGCUUGAGUUUCAACCAGAGAAGGGAAUCUGGGUAAUGGGGCGCUGUGGGAGUCAGUACCGCGUCUUCACUUCCCCCAUCACCACUUUCCCUGCCACUGGGAAAACUGGGAGGGUGUGGGUGACUCUGGACUGUGGAGAGGGGAAAGUGGCAUUUUACCUCGCCAAGCAUGAGCCCCCCAUCUUUACCUUUCAACAAGUCUCAUUUGGUGGGGAGAGCAUCUUCCCUUUCUUCUGGGUGGGGAGAGGCUCCCAUCUCCGUCUCUGCCCAUGAGCUUUCCCUGCCCUCACCCCCAGUCCAGCUGUUCUUCUGCUCAUUGUGCACCUUUUUCCUUUUCUAUGAUGUUGCAAAAGAAUCUCUUCCACCAGAAUGCACUAAAAAAAAAAAAAAAAAAAAAAAGCAAUUUUCUUUCCUUUUUUAAUGUUGUCCAGCAGCUCCUGGGGCUGUGGGAAGGGUUCAAUAAUGGUUUGUAAGCAAAUGUGGGGUCUGGCCACUGUGGUUCCUGGGGCCUUUUUCGUCCUGACUCCUUGCUGCCUGUAACAGGGGGUUUGCAGCAGGGUGGGAGCAGGAGCCUGGGGGCGCUCAGAACUCGGGCACACCUCUGCCUUCAUUCUGGAGAGCCCUAAACUUUGCCAGCACCAUGCGUCCCCUGGGAUGCCCCUGCUCCCUGAGCAUCCCUCUAGACCACACAGUUCCUUUCUGACCAACACCGAUUUUAUUUUUAUUUUUUAAUUUUAUUUCUAUAAUCCCCUUCCUAACCGGCUGCUGGGAUGCUGCUGGGGCCGGGAGUGGCCGAGCCCAGAGGGACGCGGGAAGGGGUGGGGGACGCGCAAGAAGGAGCUGGGGCUGCGCAAAGCGAGCGGAAAACGAAACCCGGGUAAGAGGCGGAGGAUGCUCUGGGCUGGGUACGGGACAUCAUGCCCCACCCCCCGGGGCUGGGUACCGGCUCCCCGACAGCCCUCGCGGGAGAGAUAGGGUUGCCCUGGUCCCCCUCCUCAGGUCUGGCUGCGGCCCCCACUGGUACUCAGACCUUGCUAUAGCUCCAGCCCCCCGCCCCCCGCCCC